UCUCUCAUAAGUAGACAUUAUUGUUGUUAUCAUUGAAAACACAUUUUCACAGCAAUUGGCGAUUGAAUUGCAAACCAUUUUCACGAUUAACUCAAUUAAACGCGUGGUUACGAGUGGACAGACAUGUUGUUAUCGAGAGUACCGGCGCUCGUGAGACCCGUGCUUACGCAGGCGGUCCGCAGGUCGCACUCGGAGGUCACAUACAAGGGACAGAACAUACCGUUUGACAUAACCAAUCACCGGUUGUUCGCCAUCAAGAUGACCCUGUUCUUCGCGGUGCCCUUUGCCGUGCCAUUCAUUAUCGUGAGGUAUCAGCUCAAGAAAGCUAGCGGUCAGUACCAGUAGGCGCUGGUAGUAGUGGACAGGGAUGUAGUACUGACCCGACGAGUAAAACUGUUUGAAUCUCUAAUUGUAUUGAAUUGAUAAUUGCAUUAAUAAUUAGGUUUUUAUGUUUGAAUGCAUUAAUACAGUGAUUAUAAUCAAUUGAAUAGACUUUGAUUUUGCGUUAUUUAUAGCGAUUAUUAUUUGUCUUAAAAUUGUGUCUCUUUUUGCUAACCAUUCAAUAGAUUUGUAUAAAAAAUUAUAUAUUUUUUUUGGGGGAAUUUAAUCUCGAUUUUGUGUUUUUUCUCAAUUGAUUGUAAUCUCGAUUAGUA